CGCCCCGUUCCCUUCGUCUCGAAUUCCUGCUCCACGUCUUCCUUUUCCUUCGCCAUCCUGUCCGUGGUCUCCGCUCUCCGGGAUUUCCCGGCCUCCGGCCUUCGCGAGCGGGUCUGUGUUUGGGAGCGCUCCGGCCGCGCUGGGCAUGCGCACUGGGGGCGGCGCACUGCGCAUGCGGGAAAAUGGCGGGCCUGGCGUCUUGAGAGCCGUGGGUCACCCUGCUCUCCUCCCGCCCGCGUUCCAGCUCCCGGGGUCGUGGGGCAGCGGUGCGCCCGUCUGCGGGCCGGCCUAGCCAGGCGGCGCCUCCGGGCAGGCCAAGAGUCCAGUUCGUGCUUGGCCCCCGGGACCUGGCGGGUCGGGGGCGGCGCCCGACCCGAGCGGGAGAAGGCGGGAGAGCUCGCGGGGUGCGAGGCGAGAGGCGGCCGGCUGGGCAGCAUGAGUCAGCAGCGGCCCGCGCGGAAGCUGCCCAGCCUGCUCGUGGACCCGGCGGAGGAGACGGUGCGCCGCCGUUGCCGAGACCCCAUCAACGUGGAGGGCCUGCUGCCAUCAAAGAUAAGGAUUAAUUUAGAAGAUAAUGUACAAUAUGUGUCCAUGAGAAAAGCUCUAAAAGUGAAGAGACCUCGUUUUGAUGUAUCACUGGUUUAUUUAACUCGAAAAUUUAUGGAUCUUGUCAGAUCUGCUCCUGGGGGUAUUCUUGACUUAAACAAGGUUGCAACAAAACUAGGAGUACGAAAACGAAGAGUGUAUGACAUCACCAAUGUUUUGGAUGGAAUUGAUCUGGUUGAAAAAAAGUCUAAGAACCAUAUUCGAUGGAUAGGAUCUGAUCUUAGCAAUUUUGGAGCAGUGCCCCAACAGAAGAAGCUUCAGGAGGAACUUUCUGAUUUAUCGGCGAUGGAAGAUGCUCUGGAUGAGUUAAUUAAGGAUUGUGCUCAGCAGUUGUUCAAGUUAACAGACGACAAAGAAAAUGAAAGAUAUCCUUUAACUCUGUGCCUUUAAAAAAAUUCUCCUUCCAAAGCAGAUUACUUUAUUUUUUUAUAUUUUUUUUUGCGGUAUGCGGGCCUCUCACCGUUGUGGCCUCUCCCGUUGUGGAGCACAGGCUCCGGACGCGCAGGCUCAGCGGCCAUGGCUCACGGGCCUAGCCGCUCCGCGGCAUGUGGGAUCUUCCCGGACCGGGGCACGAACCCGUGUCCCCUGCAUCGGCAGGCGGAUUCUCAACCACUGCGCCACCAGGGAAGCCCAAAGCAGAUUACUUUAGAUGGUAGGGUCAGCUUGGGGAUUAAUUAAUAUAUUUAAGAUACAAAAUAAGACCUUUGGAAGUGAGUGAAUUGCCAUAGAAAUGGUACUUAAACUGCCAUUCUAGUCCACAAAGCAUAACACGCAGCUGAAUGUCGUCCUGCUCCUAAGUUCAGUGUCUCUGGGACCAGAGGGGGAGAUUUGUCUUUGGUACCGAUCUCCUCCCAGGUCUCCUAGACUGUUUUGCUGCCCUGUUCCCCAUGUGGAAUGGGUGAACCACCUUUCUGAGGUGUCGCUGAUUCUGAGCUGUUCCGUGCUUCAAGUUUACUUAGACUCUACCCCAGUCAAAACUCCCGUUUCCACAAUACAGUUAUUAGAAGGAAGGUAAAUGCUAUUACUACUCUCAAUCAAAAGAUGUGUGGAGUAAGAA